AUGAAUUCUCAAAGCAACACAACAGCUGAGGAAAUAUCUAGUCAGAGAAAUGUAUCUGGUUUAGCUGAUUCCAGUUUUAAGCAAUGGUCGAACCCUUAUUUUUCUGACUUCUUCAGGGUUAGUACUUACUAUUUAUAUUUCAUCAAUGUUCUUGCUGUCUAUUGGUUGAAACCUUCUUCAAAAUGCUCCAUUUCAAUUACAUUAUCUUUCAAAAGUGAAGUUGAUUCCAAUGGGAUCAACUGGAAAGGUGUCUCAGAAGAUGUCAUAGAUGGUUAUUUUGGAGAGUUCAAGAAGGAUUUCUAUUGGGAUGCUUCCAUUAGUGAAGACGUGGAAAGUAAUGACUGUAUUAAGACGUCUAAGAUAAAUUCAAAGAACCAUUGUGGUGGGCGUGAAGUAGCUGCUGGGACACAUACAGGUGGCUUUAACAUAGAUGGAGAGCACUGGAAGAAGCUUGAAAAACAUGAAGAAAUUAUAUGGAAAAAAUUACAAUGUGAAUCUGAAAUUGAUCAAUUGAAAACAUAUUAUGAAGCUGCGGGAGGAGCAAAGAAGAAAAGAUUAUUUGGUCUUGGGUCUGAAGCUGGCAGUUACUAUGGGAAAAAAAUUUGUGCCUGCGAUGCCUCCUCAUCAUCAGUACCACCUUCGAUUUCUUUAACGACAUCAAAUUUGGAGGAGUUUGUGAAGUAA